CUCCCUGACAGCCACAAACCUACAGCACUGACUGCAUUCAGAGUGGGAACCUGCAAACAAAACUUCACAGAAAACUUUUUGUUCUUGUUCCAGAGAAUUUGCUGAAGAGGAGAAAGGAGGAAAAAAAAAAGGAAAAAAAAAAGUACACCACUACCACUACCAAAAAAAAAAAAAAAAGGAAAAAAAAAAAAAAACCUGUGCGUGAGGGGGGGUGGAGGAAAAGCAGGGCCUUUAAAAGGGCAAUCACAACAGCGUUGGCUGCCAGGAUGCCCUUGCUGUGGCUUCAAGGAUUUCUCCUGGCGAGUUGCUGGAUUAUAGGGAGGAGUUCCCCCACGCCGGGCUCCGAGGGGCACAGCGCGGCCCCCGACUGCCCGUCCUGUGCGCUGGCCACCCUCCCCAAGGCUGGACCCAACUCGCAGCCCGAGAUGGUGGAGGCCGUCAAGAAGCACAUCUUAACCAUGCUGCACUUGAAGAAGAGACCCGAGGUCACCCAGCCGGUGCCCAAGGCAGCGCUUCUCAACGCCAUCCGCAAGCUGCACGUAGGCAAAGUAGGGGAGAACGGGUUUGUGGAGAUUGAAGACGAUAUCGGAAGGAGGGCAGAAAUGAAUGAGCUGAUGGAGCAGACCUCGGAGAUCAUCACGUUCGCCGAGUCAGGCACAGCCAGGAAGACGCUGCACUUUGAGAUUUCCAAAGAAGGCAGUGACCUGUCUGUGGUGGAGCGGGCUGAGGUCUGGCUGUUUCUGAAGGUCCCCAAGGCCAACAGGACCAGGUCCAAAGUUACCAUCCGCCUCUUCCAGCAGCAGAAGCACCCGCAGGGCAUCCUGGACGCCGGGGAUGAGGCCGAGGAAGUGGGCUUGAAGGGGGAGAAAAGUGAACUCCUGCUAUCGGAGAAGGUGGUGGAUGCUCGAAAGAGCACCUGGCACAUCUUCCCUGUCUCCAGCAGCAUCCAGCGGUUGCUGGACCAAGGCAAGAGCUCCCUGGACGUUCGGAUUGCCUGUGAGCAGUGCCCAGAAAGCGGUGCCAGCCUGGUGCUCCUGGGCAAGAGGAAGAAGAAAGACGAGGAAGGGGAAGGGAAGAAGAAGGACGGAGGCGAAGGAGGGGCCGACGAGGAGAAGGAGCAGUCUCACAGACCUUUCCUCAUGCUGCAGGCCCGGCAGUCUGAAGACCAUCCUCACCGCCGCCGCAGGCGGGGCUUGGAGUGUGACGGCAAGGUCAACAUCUGCUGUAAGAAACAGUUCUUUGUCAGUUUCAAGGACAUUGGCUGGAAUGACUGGAUCAUCGCUCCCUCCGGCUAUCAUGCCAACUACUGUGAGGGCGAGUGCCCGAGCCACAUAGCAGGCACCUCGGGCUCCUCGCUCUCUUUCCACUCAACAGUUAUCAACCACUACCGCAUGCGGGGUCACAGCCCCUUUGCCAACCUCAAAUCGUGCUGUGUGCCCACCAAGCUGAGACCCAUGUCCAUGCUAUACUACGACGAUGGCCAGAACAUCAUCAAGAAAGACAUUCAGAACAUGAUCGUGGAGGAGUGCGGCUGCUCAUAGAGCUGCCCAUCCCGGGGGUGGAGGGGAUGGGAGGGGGGAGGGAGAGAGAGAGGUGGCCAGAAAAGACAGUGGCAACACGAAGACAGUUCUUAAGGUUUCUGAGUUAAAAACCAGAAAAAAAAAAA